UCCCGCUGUGCCCGCAGGCGUCUCGUCCUCCUGCCGGCGUGACAGCGGUCGCCUGAGAGCCACCACCACCCCCCCUUCCCCCCCCCCCCCCCCCCACAGAGGUCCGUGCGUACGUUUUGGAGAAGCAGGCGGUAGGUAGGCCCGGGGUUGGGGGGAGUCGAGGGGAACCGGUUCUCUGACCACUUGCUCGCCGCCUGCUGCUGACGGCGAACCAUGAUGAAGACCGAAGCUUCUGCAGAGAGAACGAGCCUCCGCAGCUCCUCUCCGCACCGCAACGCUUACAGGACCGAUUUCCAGGCUCUCAGGACCACCUUCAGCAAAGCUGGCGGCGGAGGUGUCGGGACCGGGGUGGCGGCCGCUACUGCGGCCGCAGGCGACUCCAAGGCGAGGAAAGGGUCCGAGAAGCCGCCGUCGCCGCCGCCACCACCGCCGCAACAGAUGCAUCAGCAACUGCGGGGAAGGAAAUACGGCUCCAACGUUAACCGAAUCAAGAACAUGCUGUUCAUGCAGAUGGGCAUGGGGUCGGGCGAGGAGAACGCUGCUUCUGCCCGCCCCAGAGGCGGCGGCGGCGGCAGGGGGGCUCCCCCGUCCCCGCACCGCCGGGUCCGAGCCCGGGAUGUGGUGCAGGUUGCCCCCGGUGCUCAGGUCAAGCUGGCGGGUGGCGUGUGCGACCGGACGAGCCGAGUGGACUCUCGGCGAGAAGGCCCGGCGACCGGCUCCAAAUUUUCCGAGACCCGUAAACUCUUCGAGCAGAACGCCCGCGAGUCGGUGACUGCCCCGCACCCAGGCUCGCCCAAGAGGGAGAGGAAAUGUUCCCAGGACCAACUGCUGGACGAGCCGCAAGCGGUCCAGAGCCUCCGCCGGGAUAGAGGUAGCACUGAUUCACUGGACAGCACCUAUUCCAGGACAGAGACUGGAUCGUCUGCUGUGAGCUGCCCACUUUCCGCUCCCUCCCGGAACACCGAGGAACAGAUCUUGGCAGCUGGCAAAAGCUUUACGACGGGACACAAUGCCCUUGUCCCAAAUGCUUCGUCUAAGACACUUGAACUGCAAGAGCAGGGGCAGCAACAGCAGGUGGCUUCCAAAACUCCCUCUAUCCAGGGCCAAUAUGGGAUUUGUUUUGCAAACCAGGGUGCUACAGGUUCGCCUCGGAAAGGUGAAAAGCAUGAACACAUCUCGAGCCAAGUGGCAUUUCCACAAGAGACUGUAAAAUCCGUUUCAUUUAACCAGAGCAGCGCAGUGAAGGCAACGCAAAUUAAAUCUGGGAUUCACGAAUGUACAGAUAAUCGCGACGAAAACCAAGACGGAUCUAUCGGGGAUUUCGGGAAGCACUUAAAUACUGGUGCUAGCGUGAAGCAUCAUAAUGUUCCCGAUUCUCCUAAGUGCAAUGCUGUUGUAGCCGAAAUAUCUUCAGAUGCGAGAGGUUCAACAGCAAGUGAAAAUUCCUCUGAGGAUAGCACAGCUGAACGUUCUGGGCCUCCAGUCACCAGUCGAUCAACUGACAAAAGCGUCAAGAAUGAAUGUGCUAGAACUAAACCUAUCAUUCAAAGUGCGGAAAAUGAAGGUUGCAGUGUCGAAUCCGGAGAUGACACAGGUUGGGACCAAGCUUAUGAGGACUCAGAGGAACAAUUGGAUAGUGAUGAAAAUAAUUAUGAUCCCGGUUUGGAAUGUACAGAAGUAACAGGAUUGUCUGAUGAAGAUGAUGUUCCAGCCAAGAGGAAAAUUAAGUUCAGCACAGAUCCCAUAAAAGUAUUCCAUACUUACUCUAAUGAAGACUAUGAUAGGAGAAAUGAUGAAGUGGAUCCAGUUGCAGCAUCUGCUGAAUAUGAACUGGAAAAGCGUGUCGAAAGGCUGGAUCUUUUCCCAGUGGAACUUGAAAAAGAUGAAGAUGGUCUAGGCAUCAGUAUUAUAGGAAUGGGAGUUGGUGCAGAUGCAGGAUUAGAAAAAUUAGGAAUUUUUGUGAAGACCGUUACAGAAGGAGGCGCAGCUCAAAGAGACAGCAGGAUCCAGGUCAAUGAUCAGAUUGUGGAAGUGGAUGGAAUCAGCUUGGUUGGAGUUACCCAAAGCUUUGCUGCUACUGUUCUGCGAACAACUAAAGGCAAAGUUAGGUUCCUGAUUGGCCGAGAGAAACCGGGACAGAGCAGUGAAGUUGCUCAACUGAUCAGCCAAACUCUAGAACAAGAACGCCAUCAAAGAGAGCUGCUUGAACAACACUAUGUUCAGUAUGAUGCAGAUGAUGAUGAGACAGGAGAAUAUGCCACUGACGAAGAUGAUGAUGAUGAUGAUGAUGAUGAUGAUGAUGAUGAAGUGGGCUCAGUGCUUACUGGUGGUGAAAUGGCGAUUGAAGUGUUUGACCUGCCUGAAACCGGUGAUGUGCUUUCUCCCACAGAGGUGGAUGCCAACAAGAUUGCUCACAAAUUCAAAGAGCUACAGAUUAAGCAUUCCGUUACUGAAGCUGAAAUUCAGAAAAUGAAAGCUAAGCUUAAAUUAGCAGAGAAUGAGAAGGUUCAGUGGGAGCUUGAAAAAACACAACUUCAACAGAAUAUUGAAGAGAACAAAGAAAGAAUGUUAAAACUGGAGAGCUACUGGAUUGAGGCACAGACCCUAUGUCACACUGUGAAUGAACAUCUGAAGGAAACCCAGAAUCAGUACCAGGCUUUGGAAAAGAAGUACAACAAAGCCAAGAAGCUCAUUAAAGAUUACCAGCAAAAGGAAAUAGAAUUUGUUAAGCAUCAAGAUGCUGAAAAAAAGAAAUUUGAAGAAAUUGGAAAAGUACAUGCAGCAGAAGUUAAGAAACUUCAGAGCAGGAUUACAGAACUGAAGGUUGAGCUUCAAAAAUUGACAAGAACCAACGGGACGCAAGUGAACAACAAUAAUAACAUCUUUGGAGAGGAGCAAGACAGGCGAACAUCAGUGGAUACAAUGAGAGAAACUCCAAUUAAAGCAAUUGAUGGCUUGACAAGAAUGCAGAAGUAUCACCACAGCAAUUCAAUUGAAGGAGAAACUGAAUCUUCAACCGUAAAAUCAGCUGACUCAGAUGAGGUUUUUGAUUUCAAUGAAGCAGUGCCUGAAACAGAAAGAUUAGACAGUAAAGCACUAAAGGCUCGAGUUAAUCUUUCAGCCAAAUCAAAACGACAACGUCCCUCCAGGUGUAGGCUACAUGACAGUGUUAGUUCAACUGAUGGUGAUGAUAGUCUUGAACGGAAGGAUGCUGUGGGAGGGACCCCAACCUCAUCACCUUCAAAAUCCUGCCACAGUGCUGCGUUGCCUCCAUUGCAUCAAGUGGACAACCAAUGCAAAAUGAGAAAAUCUGAAGAUGACAGCAGAGCCAUUUCUUCAAAGAAAGUCAGAUCUUCUAUGAUUCAGAGAGAAAGCACAAAACAAAAGUUUCAUGAUUUUGGGUGUCCAUCACAAAAAACAUUUAGUAAAGGGAAAAAACAGAAAGACAAAGUGAAAGAAACCAAUAGACUCUCAUCUGGAAGCAGGAUCUCCAAUGAUACACUGGAAAGCUCAACAAGCAACAUUUCAGUAGGAGAAUCAUCCUCCUCCAUUCCACCUUGUGUACUAUUAUCCUGGUUUGGCGAAAGUGCUAAAAGAUACAACUCUUCCAGCAAUUUGCCAUCUCCUAGCAGCUCAACAGAACCAUCUUCUGAGAGCCUGAGCCCAGAAAAACAGAGAUUUAAGAAUUUCACCUACAUUGAUGACUUUAGUCCCAGUAGCACAAGUUCUGCUGAUUUGAGUGGAUUUGUUGCAGAACCAAAUUCUACAGGGCGCUCACACAUAUUGGCACUCUCCUCUGAUGAAAGCCUGGAUAUGAUAGAUGAUAAGAUCCUUGAUGAAGGACAGUCGCCCAAACACAAUCAAUGGAAGACUUGUGCUGUUUUGGAUUGGAGCACUCAUCAGGUUUCUCAUUGGCUUAUGGGACUAAACAUGGAACAAUAUAUUCCACAAUUUAUUGCCAAAAGUAUUGACGGAGAGCAAUUGCUGCAGUUGGAUGGAAACAAAUUGAAAGCAUUAGGUAUUAAUGUUUCUCAAGAUCGGGCCAUCAUCAAAAAGAAACUGAAGGAGUUGAAGUCAUCAGUUGAAAAAGCACGUAAAGCACAACAGAAAUUAGAGAAGCAAAGGGAAAAACAGAGAAAAAGGGAACAGGAACAGCUUCUGAAAAAGAAUAAGAAAACAAGCAAGUCACCGUUUCUAGCAGCAGAACCUGACACUGAAUUUGCAUCUAACAGAAGCACUGAGCAUCAUUAAUGGAUGGAUGAAAAUGUGUCAUUUACGUCUUCUCCAUCACUGUCUUGUCUGUGUAUUUUGUUUAUGAUCACAACAGUCAGUAAUUAGAGCCAGUAGUUAAUAUUUAAUGUAAUGCAAGUCUGCACAGCAUCAAAACAUUGAACAUAUUUUUAUAUGAAAUUUUGAUAACAUGGCAUUAUGCACUUUCACCAUCACUGUUUUAAAUUCCAUUGUACUACUUUGAAAGUAUUUUGUGGCUGCAAAUUCUUGGUUCUCAUUUAUUAAAAUGAAGCAGCAAACAAGUAUGGGCAUUUAAUUAAACUAAUUCAACAAAGUAGUUGAGGGCCAUUUUCCCAUUAUCAGAGAAGUUUACAGUAGUUUAGUUCACCACUGUUGGGUGUUAAUGUUUUUGUUUUAACAAGUACCAGACUAAUCUGCUGUUCCAGAGAUUUAUUAGUUAGGGCUAGUUAUUAACAAAGGAUGUAUUCUAAAUAAGUGUACAGGUUACAAUAUGUUUACCAUUUCAAUAGUGCAGUAAACUGAACCAAAUUGCUUGGGUCCAAAUACAGGUUUGUCUACUACAUUGUUCAGACAAUUGGUUUGAUGUACUUUUUUUUGCAUCUCUGGCCACCGAUGCAUUUGGUUUGCUCUGCUAUUUUUCUGUCCUUCAUUUGAAACAAUACCACUUCCUAUUUCUUAUAAGAAUGUUGUCUAUUUUCAUGGUUAUCCUUUUUUGGCUUCCUUGCAGUGUCCAGCAGGACAGGUAAUCUCUCUCACCCACCCCUCUGAAAAAUAUUAAAGCCUGUGAAGAAAGGAAAAGUAAUACCAAAAGUGACAUUUCACAUGAUGCUCUGCAAUGAAUUCUGCAUAUGCCUUUCAUCUAUUUAGGUCAAAAGGAAGAUCUAUCAUCCACUGUCCCAUUUAGAUCACUGCUCUAAGCGAAGCAGUAAUGUUCAGAUCAGCAUUGUUCCAUUGUCAAUUUCAUCUUUCCUAGUUGCAGUAAUGAUAAUUUUUUCCAUCUCACUUGUUGCAAUAUGCUUUUUGUGCUAUAUUUUUCAAUGAGAUUAAGCAUAUUAAAAAAUUUAACGACUCAACUACGUUAGGUUAUUUGUCUGCUAUGUUUUUAUACAAGUAUUGUAUCACUUACCCUCUUAUGUGCUGGAUAAUUAUUCCAGAUUUAUCACUAAUGUGAAAACUGCAAAAACAUAGCUAACUAAUUGCUGAGGUCAUAGUGACAAUUCUGUAAUUAACUAAAUCAGUUGGUCUGGUAUAUAUUGUUUCUUUUGAGAUAUUUUCUGCGUGUAGAUAGCUUUUUUUUCCCCAGUUCAAUGCUGUGAAGCUGAGGGGGAAAAUCUGAAAAUUAACUUUACAUACAAUUAAUAAAUGCCCAGAACAGUGAAAUAAAUCUAGCAAAUUUAUGAUAUAGUGAUCCAUAAUAGGAAGACCUGUACAGAGGGGAGUGUUUUUUUUUGAUAUAUUACAAACUAUUAAACGACGUUGUAUUGGUGUUUUUGCUAUUCUUAAUUGUGUAACAGUUAAUUAAUUUUGAAGUAAUAUGGUUACAUGUAGCUGAAGAAUGACAGGGGGCAGCUAACUAAGAAAUGCACUGAGGAUGUUGAAAUUGUUUUUAUUUGCUGGGUCUACCUAAUUGUAAGAUAAGUAUUCAAAAGAUGGCAGAAUUUAAUUUGAAUAAAAUGUGUACAAGUAGCAUGGCCUGAUGUCUGAUUUGAAGAGCUAUUCAGUGUUCCUCUUCCUGCAUGAUAAUGAAAACAUUGCCAUGCCUGAAUCUAGUCUUCUGUGCUUUGUGAUGUAUUGCAUUCCUAUGUUAUGUUUACAAACUUACAUUGUUUUAUUUUAAUGUUAAUGACAGGUGGGAGUUCAUAAAAACUAGUAUGUUUUUUGUUGAUUUAAAAUGCCUGUGAAACUACUUGGAUAAAUGUAAAUAAACAGCUCUCCAAUGAGUUAGCACUGUUGUCAGACAACAUGCAUUAAACAACUGAAAAGUCU